AAANAUUGCGAACGCGAGAGGAUUAGCGAACAGUUACUCCACCAGAAGGUGUCGCAGGACUACAACAAUUCGGAACAAUUGGUCCUACAAUUGCAUAAACAAUUGAAGCGUUCAAUCAAUAAAGCCAGGCCUUAUUUUGAAAUGAAGGCACAAUUCAACCAAAUGUUAGACGAACAGAUCAAUAAAAUCCGUUCGUAUGAGCAGAGAGUGGCGAAAGCGAAACUCAAUUACUCGAAGGCAUUGCAUAGACUCGAAGAGAUUAGCGAUGAGAUCAACCAAAAGCGUAAAAUCGAUAAUUUGCUUCUUCUCGAGUCGAGAGGUGUUGGCGUCGGCGCCGAAUCGCCCGCUUCUUCGUCUCCACGACUAACAAAAGCGUUAAGAAAACUAAGUCUCGAAUCGGAAGACUUGUCGCAAAUGAUUGGCAUUCCUGUCGACUGGUUCUACAAAAGGCAUACCAGGAGUGGAACCAACAGCGAAAGGGAUGACACCGAGAGUGUGGCCACGACUGACACGUUAGACGAUACAGUGAUUGAUAACCUGAUGUUAAACCAAAACAUCGAUACAAUUCAUGUGCAAUACAAUGAUGUGUUAGAUUCAGACAAAACAACGAUUUUGUAAACUUUUUUGUUAUGCAUUUUAAACGCAUUUUAUUUAUUUAUUUUGACGGGA